AAGAUGCAAACGGAUAUUUUGGCCACAUUUAAAAUCCUCAUUAUUGGAGAGAGUGCUGUUGGGAAAUCGAGCCUGAUGCUUCGUUUCACCGAAGAUGACUUCGACAAGGACCAGGCACUGACUAUUGGUGUGGAUUUCAAAACGAAGACAAUAGAAAUCGAUAACAUCAAGAUCAAACUGGCUAUCUGGGACACAGCUGGACAGGAACGGUUUCGUACCCUAACUCCGAGUUACUAUCGGGAUGCACAAGGAGCGAUUCUCGUAUACGAUGUCACAAAGAAAGACUCAUUCCAAAAGCUAGAGUCCUGGUUGAACGAGCUGGAAAUCUAUGGCACUCGUAAUAAUAUGGCAAAGAUGGUUGUGGGAAACAAGAUCGACAGUACGCAACGGGCAAUCAGCAGGGAAGAAGGAUUCCAAUUCGCCAAAAAGCACCGAACGAUGUUUAUCGAAACGUCUGCUAAGAACAACGAAGGGGUGCGGGAAGCCUUCGAAGAGGUUGUUCGGAAGAUUUUGGACACUGAUGGCCUAUGGGAACGCAACGAUUAUGGGGACACCCUGACCCUACAAAAUGGAGGGCAAGAAAACAAAAAAUGCUGUUACUUGUUUUAAUACCCCUUUUAAUAUUCUAGCUACUAAGCCAUACUAAAUGUAAGGGAAAUAGAAGAUAGGUAGUAAGCUUUAUUUAAUCACAAUCGUCAUAGCUUAAUCGAAUCACGGGAUGGUUAGGACCGAGAGAUAUUUUUUAUAACAAAAAAUAGAUAAAAUUUUAAAAAAAAUAUAUAUACUACUUAAAAAAAACAAACAAAAAUUGUGUUAUAACGAUCAGUAACAUUCGGUUUGAGUUUUAGUUUUUAAAGUACAUAGCUUAUCAGACAUCGAUAAAGGUAACCGAUGCCCUAAUAGUGAAGCGAUCGGUUUGGUUAAGUGUCAUAAAUAAAUUCGAAGCCGAAAGUAUCCAAAUAAA